GGCAGCGGCGGCGGCGGCGGCGGCUGCGAGGAGCCGUGCCUUCCACCUUUCCAGCCCCGGCAGGACGGGGGUGGCCGCCGCGGGCCCGGGGCGGGGACAGCACGCAGCCUCGCCGCGCGCACCUGAGCCCGGCAGCGGCCCCGACACCCGGGGCAAGCGGGAAAGCGGCGGCGGCGGCGGCGGGGGAAGGAUGCAGGGGAAGAAGCCGGGCGGCUCGUCGGGCGGCGGCCGGAGCGGCGAGCUGCAGGGGGACGAGGCGCAGAGGAACAAGAAGAAGAAAAAGAAGGUGUCCUGCUUCUCCAACAUCAAGAUCUUCCUCGUGUCCGAGUGCGCCCUGAUGCUGGCGCAGGGCACGGUGGGCGCCUACCUGGUGAGCGUCCUUACCACCCUGGAGCGGAGGUUCAACCUCCAGAGCGCCGACGUGGGCGUGAUCGCCAGCAGCUUCGAGAUCGGCAACCUGGCGCUCAUCCUCUUCGUGAGCUACUUCGGGGCGCGCGGGCACAGGCCGCGCCUCAUCGGCUGCGGAGGCAUCGUCAUGGCCCUGGGCGCGCUGCUGUCGGCGCUGCCCGAGUUCCUGACCCACCAGUACAAGUACGAGGCGGGCGAGAUCCGCUGGGGUGCCGAGGGCCGCGAUGUCUGCGCCGCCAACGGCUCGGGCGGGGACCAGGGGCCCGACCCGGACCUCAUCUGCCGCAGCCGGACCGCCACCAACAUGAUGUACUUGCUGCUCAUUGGGGCCCAGGUGCUACUGGGCAUCGGUGCUACCCCCGUGCAGCCCCUGGGCGUCUCCUACAUCGACGACCACGUGCGGAGGAAGGACUCCUCGCUCUACAUAGGAAUCCUGUUCACGAUGCUGGUGUUUGGACCAGCCUGUGGAUUUAUCCUGGGCUCUUUCUGUACCAAAAUCUAUGUGGAUGCAGUCUUCAUUGACACAAGUAACCUGGACAUCACCCCGGACGACCCCCGCUGGAUCGGAGCCUGGUGGGGUGGCUUUCUGCUCUGCGGUGCCUUACUCUUCUUUUCUUCCGUCUGGAUGUUUGGGUUUCCACAGUCUCUGCCCCCGCACUCAGACCCCGCCCUGGAGAGCGAACAGGCCAUGCUCCCCGAAAGAGAAUACGAGAGACCCAAGCCCAGCAACGGGGUCCUGAGGCACCCCCUGGAGCCGGACAGCAGUGCCUCCUGCUUCCAGCAGCUGAGAGUGAUCCCGAAGGUCACAAAGCACCUGCUCUCAAACCCUGUGUUUACCUGCAUCAUCCUGGCCGCCUGCAUGGAGAUUGCAGUGGUGGCUGGCUUCGCUGCCUUCUUGGGGAAGUAUCUGGAGCAGCAAUUUAACCUCACCACCUCUUCUGCCAACCAGCUGCUUGGGAUGACUGCGAUCCCAUGUGCCUGUCUGGGCAUCUUCCUGGGCGGUCUCCUGGUGAAGAAACUCAGCCUGUCUGCCCUCGGGGCCAUUCGGAUGGCCAUGCUCGUCAACCUGGUGUCCACCGCUUGUUACGUCUCCUUCCUCUUCCUGGGCUGUGACACGGGCCCUGUGGCUGGGGUUACUGUUCCCUAUGGAAACACCUCAUCACCUGGCUCGGCCCUGGACCCCUACUCGUCCUGCAAUAAAAACUGUGAAUGCCAGACGGAUUCCUUCACUCCAGUGUGUGGAGCAGAUGGCAUCACCUACCUGUCUGCCUGCUUUGCUGGCUGCAACAGCAUGAAUCUCACCAGCUGUGCGUGCCUCACGACCGUUCCGCCUGAGAAUGCGACCGUGGUCCCUGGAAAAUGCCCCAGUCCUGGCUGCCAAGAGGCCUUCCUCACCUUCCUGUGUGUGAUGUGUGUCUGCAGCAUGAUUGGGGCGAUGGCUCAGACUCCCUCGGUCAUUAUCCUUAUCAGGACAGUCAGCCCUGAACUCAAAUCCUACGCCCUGGGAGUUCUUUUUCUCCUCCUCCGUUUGUUGGUUUUUGUUGAUAUCAACUAUGCCUUUGUACCACCCUUCUCAUUGGCAUAA